GUUACUGCGGGACAAGUUUGCUCGGAACUAAACGCCACAGUUAGCUAUUAAUUUGCUCUUAAAAUAUGUUUCUUUAGAGCACGUGUGUAUAAAUUCAGAUAAUUUGAAAGAAAAAGAUUGAACUAUUUGAAGAAACCUGUGGAAAAAUAAGUACUUGCAGUAGAAUUUAUGUUAAAAGUUGGAACCGGUGUAACGAGGAUUUGUGUCGAAUAGACGAAAGAUGAUCUAAGAUGCCCUCUUAUGCCUUUCUGGAUUGUUUGGAGCAUUAUUUACUGACAGGAAAGUUUCAAGUAAAUACAUCAAAAAGCUGGAAAAAGCUGGUCUCUAAAGAUAGCAAAAAGUUUACUUACAAAGAUGGCUGUUUGUGGCGGUCUUAUCGAGGCCGCCUCCUCCGUGUCGUUAGGAGUGACGAGGAAAUACGUGAGAUCCUGACACAAUACCACAAUAACAACAACCAUGCGCGCCGGGAACGGGCAGUAAGGGAAAUAAUGCUGAUGUAUUACUGGGUUGGAGUGACUGCGGCCGUGAAGAAAUGGAUAAAGGCUUGUGACGUUUGCCAGAGUCAACCUACUAAAGAGCUAGCUAAUCUGCGCGUCCAGUUUUGCCUGGUUUAUGGUUGUGAUUCCUCCAGUUACAUACACCCUGAGAUCACCUUCCACAGGUUUCCAAAGGACCCCGAGCAGCGGCAGAAAUGGCUGACAGUUGCGCAGAGGGAUGAAGGCUCGCUGCGCUCAAACUCCUACAUCUGCUCCCAACACUUUGACCCAUCCUGCUAUACUCUGAAUGAGGAUGGUCAGCCGACACUAUCAUCAGAUGCUGUACCCAGCAUCAUGCCCGAUGAGGAGGUGCCCAUUCCUUCAGAUGAGGAAGUCCUGCUUUCCAACACGCUGGAAGACCUCAUCUCUGCAGCUGCUGCUAAUACCGAAACCGAAAAGCCCCCUCAUCCAGCCACCGAUCAGUCGGAAACCCCUAUGGAGCUGCAGGAACACCAGUACUGCUCGUCAGCUCCAGACUCCACCGCAGUCCAGACAGUGAAGGAGCACACAAGGAGGAAGACUGUCAUUGAGCCAACUUUCACCACGUACAACCAUAUCGCCAGAUAUCUGAGCCACAGGAUUUUACCAACGCAAAGCAAGAAAAAUAGAAGUGCCUUAAAAAGGAUGGCCAAGCGCUUUGGCCUAAUAGAUGGAGUGCUGAUGUACACACGGGCUUCUCGACCUCUCAGAGUGCCACGCAGCAGAGAGGAGGUAAACUCAAUCCUGCGAGAGUUUCAUGACAGCAAGGGCCACUAUGGUCAGGGGGUCUGCCAGCAAGAAAUUUCAAAGCACUUCCACUGGGGCAGCAUGACUCGAGACCUGGCUAGUUGGAUCGCCAACUGCCAAACCUGCCUUAACAGAACCAAGAGGAAGUGGAUGCGCUGCAGUGUUCUUGGGUGCACAAACUGCUGUGGACCAGUAGAGAGACGCCUGGGCCUCACCUUCCACAAGUUUCCUCUUCACAAUGCAACUCUGUUGGCAAAGUGGUUGAAGGCUACCGGCCGUCCAAACUGGCAUCCUCGGCUCCGGUCUUCCAUUUGUUCGAUACAUUUCACUGACGACUGUUUCAGCCAUAGUGCGGAGGUCAUCACCCUAAAUCCAGAUGCUGUGCCUGCACUCUCGGUCCACACUGACUCCGCAGUCCCAUCCAGAGGUCCGAGCCAGCCUGCGGUGGGGGAGGAGGCCAUUUUUGCCAAGUACGAUGCUGUGGAGCUCUACCUUACCAAACGCACUUACCCACCUGGACUGAACUAUGUAGAAAAGAACACCUUUAGGAGGUUCUGCAAGAAGUUUGCCAUUAAAGAGCAGUUUGUUGAAGAAAUUCUAGAGGAAAAAGAAGCUGUUCUAAAAAUCUCAGACAAGAUCAAAUCGGAUGAACCUUCUUCCAGUUUGUCCUCCCAGACUGAAAUUCACAAUAAUCCUCAGCCCAAAAUCCCUAUCCUCCUUCACCUGAAAAAUCCCAUCAACUUACAGCCCAGGUCUCCCAAAAUCCCCUUUGUCACAAAGCUCUUGUCUAUGAAGAGAAUGACUUCUUCGCAUGUUGAAAUACACAAGGAUCCUGAAAGCUCGAAGAAGCAAAAAAGGAUAGAGAAUCCGAUAAAUCCCCAGCCAGAGAAGCCUGCACAGCCCCAAGAACAGGAAAAAACAAGUAGCCCUCGGGGCAACAAUGGGACACAACACUGCAUCCAAGCACAGCUGGUUUUAGAGCAGCAUGCUCCACUGCACCACAUUCAGGCUCCAAGUCAAAAAAGUCCUCCAGAGGCACAUACAUCAACACAAAUCCAGCGCACAGUGAAGAAGAAAAGAGGCCCAGAGGCAGAUUCUUCAGCUAAAUGGAGCUCUAGCAGUGGUCUGGAGCCUGUGAUGGCCCUGAGCACCAAACCCUGGCCUGUCUUCACCAUCGGUAGCUCUGCUGUGGAAAAAACUGCAAAACCCUCACCUAAUGCUGACAGCUCAGCUGUUUUUUAUAGGCCCAUCAGGCUUCAGGCCCGAACUGUCAUUCAGCAGUGUAGUCACGCAAAGAUUAAGCUCAAACCUGCUGUGGAUGGAGCAGAUGCUCAGUGGGCAGAGAUUCAGCAGGGAUUGGUUGUCUAUGUGUGUUUCUUUCACGGAGCCACUGAAGAUGUGACAAAUGAGAUGGCUAACACUCUGAUGACUACCAGGCUUUUCCGGAAACAUUCCGGGCAUUGUGUGUCCCUCCUGGAUCUUCCUGGAAGUAUUUUAUUUGUCCCCCAAGACUCCCUGCUUGGAAAGCCAGCACCCAACAGAAGGAUGCAGUACAAGGGUGGAUGCGAGCCGUGGUGGGGUGCUCAGCUCUUCUCAAGUCUGGUCUCCGCCUGCAGAGAACUCAUGACAGGUUCAGCGAAGUGCACAAAUGCAGGUGUAAAGGUAGAACAUGGACUCUAUGGACGGAAACAAGAAAUCACCCUGAACUCUGUGGAGCCGCAAUCUGUGCUCCUGGAGUUCUGAGGUACAUCUUAACAUCAGUGUGGGACAUUCAGUACUUCAUCUGGGCUUUCUUCCAUCCCUCAUGUAAAGGUUAAACUAGUGUUGUGGAAUUUUCCUGUUAAUAAAAUCUGCAACAAGGUCA